AUGUGGAAUUACGCUUAUAUAGGACAAGAUGAAUGGUCUACGUCUUUAGGCCACGCGGGCCUUAGUAAGCUAUUUUGCUGGGAUCUUAAUUUUCUUGGUGCUCUGACUAACUGCACUCAGUUGCAAUCCUUGAAUGUUGGCUUCAACAAACUUGGGGGACAGUUACCUGCCUCCAUAGCCAACCUCUCCACCCAAUUAAACGAACUCUCCCUUUAUGGAAAUCUCAUCUCUGGAAGUAUUCCUCCUGGCAUAGGGACUCUGGUAAGCCAGCAAACAUUAUACGUGAGCGAAAAUCUGUUGACAGGCAAACUUCCUCCCUCGCUGGGAGAACUUUCUAAAUUGAGAAAAGUCUCUCUCUAUUCAAAUGGACUGUCUGGAGAGAUACCAUCUUCCUUGGGAAACAUCACUUGGCUAACCUACCUCUACAUGUUUAACAACAGUUUUGAAGGAAGCAUUCCCUCAAGUCUUGGAAGGUGCAGCUACCUUCUAGACCUGAACCUCGGUUAUAAUAAGUUGAAUGGCAGCAUACCUGUUGGGCAUGGACCUUAUAAUUCAUAA